AUAGGGUUCCCUGCCUGAGCAGGGGGUUGGACUAGAAGACCCCCAAGGUCCCUUCCAACUUUUAAGGAAAGGGUGCAAGAGCCCGGCCGAGUCAGGAAGGAAGGAAGGAAGGAAGGAAGGAAGGAAGGAAGGAAAGAAAGAAAGAAAGAAAGAAAGAAAGAAAGAAAGAAAGAAAGAAAGAAAGAAAGAAAGAAAGAAAGCCCUAUGGUCGGAAUCCCGAACCGUGAAAUGUGAUCUCCCAGAGGGGGCUGGAGAGGCGGGGAUUCCUUGGCGGCGCCAGAUCCCGGGAGGGAGCGAGCGAGGCGAGAGAGACCGCUGGGCCGCCCGCUCGCCUUCUGUUUCGGGUCUCCCUCUCUGCCUUCGCCGCUGCGCGCUCCGAGCCUUCUUCCCGUUUCCCGCCCGGCCAGGCUGAGAUCCGCCGGAGCAGCGGCGGGGAAAGAUGCGCAAGCAGCCGCCGGGCCAACAGGAGCACCUCUACAAGCUGCUGGUGAUCGGCGACUUGGGCGUGGGCAAGACCAGCAUUAUCAAGCGCUACGUCCACCACAACUUCUCCCCGCAUUACCGCGCCACCAUCGGCGUGGAUUUCGCCCUCAAAGUACUCAGCUGGGACUCGGAGACGGUGGUGAGGCUCCAGCUUUGGGAUAUCGCCGGUCAAGAAAGAUUUGGGAACAUGACACGGGUCUACUACCGAGAAGCUGUGGGAGCUUUUAUUGUCUUUGAUGUUACGAGGCCAGCUACCUUUGAAGCCGUAACCAAGUGGAAGGAGGAUUUGGACACUAAACUGACUCUCCCGAAUGGCCAGAUGGUGCCAACUGUCCUGUUAGCAAACAAAUGUGAUCAAGCCCAAGAGUUACUGGUGAAUAAUGGCUUCAAGAUGGACCAGUUCUGCAAGGACAAUGGUUUUGUAGGAUGGUUCGAAACAUCGGCUAAGGACAACAUAAACAUUGAUGAAGCUGCUCGGUGCUUGGUGAAACACAUAAUUUCCAGUGACAGUGAACCAGCCCAGCCUAUGAAUUCAGAUGUCAUCAACCCUCACCUGAAUUCUUCCAAAAGCAAUCGCUGCUCAGCUUGCUUUGGAACCUAAGCAAUUUCUAAGCUGUUUAUGGACAUUGGAACUGAGCAGACAAGAACUCAUGAAUAACGCCAUGAAGCAGGAUCUCUCCGAUGCAAGAUGGCUGGGCUUGCAUUGCUCUUGAACAAGCAGAAAGCAAAUAGAAACCAAGAUUAAAAAAUGUGUAUCCUUCCUCAACAUAUGGCUGGGAAGGGAAAAAAAACCCCAAAUAUUUAAAACAAAUAUUUUGUAUUAUUCUUUGAGUAGUUUGUUUGAGAAUCUUCUGCAAAUAGGAGUUAUUUACCUGGGCGAUUUAUGUUAAUUACACUUGCUCAGCCAAAGUGCUUUCCUUAAAAGAUCAAACUGUUUGUCAUUUUCAUUGUGUGAGAAUUAUUCUCUUGAGCAGGGUUCUUCAAACUUAGUCCUUUUAUGACUUGUGGACUUCAACUCCCAGAAUUCCUCAGCCAGGCACGUCAUAAAAGGGCCAAGUUUGAAGACCUUUGCUUUUGAGGAUGGCUAUGUUUUGCUUUCUGAUGGCUAUAUUUUGCAUUUCAGUCCCAAUCAUGUUUAGGCAUCUUGAUUUAACGGUGUGUUUCCACAAAUCCCUAAGUGGAGAGAAGCUGACAUAACCUCAGCAUGGUAUAAAGUUAAACCUGACAUCUUUCUGAAUGCAUAUAGGUAGUCUUCGGCUUACACCACUUUGUUUAAUGACCAUUCAAAGUCACAAUGGCAUUAAAGAAAGUGACUUAUGACUGCUUUUCACACUUAUGAUUGUGGUGGCAUCCCCAUGAUCACAUGAUCAAAAUUCAAAUGCUUGGCAAAUGACUUAUAUUUAUGGCGAUUGCAGUGUCCCUAAGACAUGUAAUCAAUUUUUGUUUCAUCGGUUGGUUCCAAAAGCUUUCAUCUAUUAAGGUUUAUUUUGAUGCUAUAAUAAUAAUAAUAAUAAUAAUAAUAAUAAUAAUAAUAAUAAUAAUAAUAAUAAUAAUAGUAAUAGUAAUAAAAGUUGGAAGGGACCUUGGAGGUCAUCAAGUCCAACCCC